CUCAGGUGUAGCCUGGCUACUUGGUGCUGCUUUGAGCGUAACUGUGAUUCUUAGUGCCUGAGCCCGGCAAAAUGAGAUCACUCCUCCUCUUUCUCAACUCUGCCUCCUGCCUAAGCAUCCUGCUGCUCUUUUUCGUGUAUUAUGCUGUGAUCAGGCUUGCCAGAUCUGAGGCUUCUCCGAGGAAGAGGAGGCCCAGAAAGACAAAAAAGAAAGCGAAAGCUUUUGGAUGCUGUGCGGAAGAGUUGGAGGAGGCUGGUGCAUCCCCAGAGACGUGCUGCCCUGUGCCCCUGGAGAAGCUCCCCUUGGCUCAGCGCCUCAGGCUGGUUGAGAGGAGGCUACAGUACGUGGGCAGACACCUGGAUGCAGUUCUGAUACCGCCGAGUGUGGCGACAGCCGCGAUGAGCCAGUUCUCCUAUUCCGCUAUGGAAUCCACCACCUCUGCCCUCUGGAGUCCCAGCUCUUUUUCCCUGAGAGAAGUCGCCAUCAUUCAGUCGGAGCCCCUCUGCCACACAGGGGAGAUCAUGCCCUUCACGAGCUGGGAAGGAUCCACUCAUCCCAUCCAAGCCCAGCCUCUCUCCAGGUCCCCUGCCCACAGCAGACAAGACCGGGGAGAGCAGACCAUGGGUCUGGACCAGACUUCAGUCCAUAGCUCAGACUUCAACAUCCGGCAGAAGCAUCUGCAGAGGCGACUGGGGGCUCCACAAACCCCCAUCCCAGGGGAGCCAUUGCUGGGUGAGGGGGACACCAAGCAGCAAUUGGAAGUAGACCCAGAUCCGUCCAAAUGUGGAUUUCCAGCAAAGGUCCCGGAGCCCUUCAGAUCCAACACCAGCCCUCAGCGUGCACAGGAGAUCCAGGAGCCAUGUGUCUGCCCCCGGGGACCCCUGCCCCAAAAGGCCCACAGGAUCAUGGCAUCUUCUGAUGCCAUCCUGGCCAGGCUUGUGCCCACAGCGGUGGUCAAGCUGCAGGAUCACGUGGCUCAGAAAUGCUGGCAGAUCCAAACGAAGGCCUUUCCUAAGAUGGUGCGAGAGUCGCACAGAGAUGCUCCCCUCCGGAGAGAGACUGCCCUGCCUGGGCCACUCCACCCCCCUAGGGAGCCAGGCAAGCACAGGACAGCGGCAUUCCCAACGAUGGGACAACAGCCUGCCCACCCCAUCGAACUCCACAUAAGGCAUCAGCAUCCGGUCAUGCAGAGGGGGCUGCUCACCCUGGACCCAGAGCCCCUGGCAAAGCUGCCUCACACCGUCCCAGCCAGGGGAGCCCGUGUGGAGUUCAGUGAGAUGGAGACCGAUUUCCUGCAGACGGGGAGGCGAAGCACAAGCUCCUCUUCUUCCACACGUCCUCCAACGCCAGUGGAAGAUAUCACCCUGGAGACGGGCAGGAAUGAUGGCGCGGCAGGAAAGCAGACUAACCCACAGCGCUGCACUCUGCCAGCAGGGGUGGGUCUGACAUCGCCACCUCCAGGAACCACAGUAGCAGAGAAGACACUCGCAGCGACACUCCAAAUGUAUAGGAGCGAGUUGAGAAAGCCCUUACCAGUGUGAGCGGC